AUGGACACGUUGCCCGGCUUGGAAGAGGCGCGGUGGCGAGAGCGGGGUUCAGGAGGAGGCGGUGGCGGGGGCGGGGGGUACCGCGUGGUGGCGGGUCACCCGUGCGGGGGGCUCUGCCGGAAGGGGGAGUUCAUGUGCCGGGAGUCGUGCGCCUGCAUCCCCUCGGCGUGGCGCUGCGACGCCGAGCCGGACUGCGACCGCGGCGAGGACGAGCGGGACUGCCACGGCAUCGAGUGCGACCCCCAAGGCGGCUGGCUCCGCUGCCCCAACACCGAGAAGUGCGUCCUCCGCCAGUGGCUCUGCGACGGCCAGGACGACUGCGGCGACUUCUCCGACGAGACACACUGCAAUGGUAAAAAAGCGAACUGCUCAAAGGUUGAGUUCGAGUGCGGAAACGGCCUGUGUGUGCCACACCUAUGGCUUUGCGACGGCGUCAACGAUUGCCGAGAUUUCUCCGACGAAUUUAACUGCACAAAAACACGAGAGUGCAGACCGACCGAAUUUCGUUGCACCGAUGGCUCUUGUAUUUCUGGCGCAUUCAAGUGCGAUAACACUCCAGACUGCUCCGAUGGCCUGGAUGAGGUGGAAUGUUAUGCUGAACAAAUAAAAUGCUCGAGGAAUGAAUUCAAGUGCAGGGGCUACCCGCGUUGCGUCCAGCAUGUCUUCAGAUGCGACGGUGAUGACGAUUGUGGCGACUGGUCUGACGAGGAAAAUUGCCCACCGUCGCCGCAUGCACUUUGCCUCGAUUCAGAAUUUCGAUGUCACAGUGGGAAGUGCAUACUUCAAAAGUUUGUCUGUGAUGGUGAACAGGAUUGUGAAUUAGGAGAAGACGAAGGUGCAUGCUUGAAAGAAAUCCAGAAACCAUGCGCAUCAGAUGAGUACACUUGCCCCGGUGGUCAUUGCAUCAAGUCAUCGUGGGUUUGUGACGGUGUCAAAGACUGCAGCUUGGGGGAGGACGAGGAGAACUGUAAAAUGACGUGUUCGGAUGAAACUCAGUUCGCCUGCAACCCGGUCAACUCGACGACACCCACAGUCCCCGGGACGAGACUCAAGCUUUUGCCAACUCACGCCCUUCGUGCUCACAGAACGUGCAUUCCAAAAAAUCGCGUAUGCAACGGGAAAAAAGACUGCCCUCGUGGAGAGGAUGAAAGGAGUUGCCCAGUCCGUCGUUCAACGUGCCCCGGGAAUACUACAAAAUGUCAUCACUUCUGCACCGAUGAGCCAGACGGCUCUGACGGGUGCGGCUGUCUCCAUGGCUUCAUUUUGAGCAACGACGGUUUUAGCUGUGUGGAUAUCGACGAAUGCUCGCCAGAUCACGAGCCUGUUUGCAGCCAGCUCUGUGUAAAUAUACCUGGAUCUUUCACGUGUAGUUGCAAAAAUGGAUACGUCCUGCGACCAGACGGCCGCACCUGCAAAUCCAUGGGAGUUUCACCUGCCCUCAUUUUCGCCAACAGGGUCGAUGUAAGACAGGUUACGAUAGACAAUAUGCGGUACACAGCUGUUCUAAAAGGAUUAAAUAAUGCUAUUGCCUUAGACUAUCACUUCUCAAAGAAUUACGUUUAUUGGUCUGAUCUGUCUUUCGAUGUCAUCAGUAGAGCAUUUUUAAAUGGGACAAAAAUCACAGAUGUCGUGCGAUGGGGUUUGCAAAACCCAGCCGGUUUAGCGAUUGACUGGGUGCAUAAUCUCCUCUUUUGGUCGGACUACUCAACCCGGCGUAUUGAGGUUACUGAUUUGGACGGGAAAAAGCGUUACUCCGUAGUUUCAAAGGACUUGGAUAAACCGAGAGCAAUCGUCGUUCACCCAGACAAAGCGAUUGUUUUUUGGUCGGAUUUAGGGCCUCACCCAAGAAUCGAGCGUAUCGAAAUGAACGGCGAGAAUCGGAGGGUCGUUGUGAACAGCUCUCUUCAAUGGCCAAACGGAUUGGCCAUCGAUUAUCCUGCUAGCCGCCUCUACUGGGUUGAUGCUAAAACGCACCUCAUCGAAAGCAGUAAUUUGGACGGAACCAACAGACAGCAGGUUGUCACUAAAGGUCUUCCGCAUCCAUUUUCACUAACUGUUUUUGAUGAUGCUUUAUACUGGACUGACUGGCACACCAAAAGUAUCUCUACUGCCAAUAAAUUGACAGGAAAUGGCUUCAGAAUCGUUCACUCUGGUCUACAUUUUCCGAUGGGGAUAAAAAGUUACCAUCCAGAAAGUCAACCUGCGUAUAAGAAUCACUGUGGUGAUAACAAUGGUGGGUGUUCAUACCUGUGUUUACCCAAGGCAAGCAGUAAUUCAUAUUCUUGUGUCUGUCCGCUUGGAUCUGAUCUUGGUAGAGACAAGCGACAGUGUGAACCGCCAUCGAAAAACAUUUUGCUGGUCGUGCGGAAGAAAGAUCUGCGGUUGAUGUUAAUGAGAAAUGAAACCUACCUGACAGAGGACACGGUCAUGCCCCUGGACGGGAUAAGAUCGGCUGAGGCACUAGCGUGGGACAGUGCUGCUGACGCGAUAUUUUGGUCCGAUGUUGAAACGGGAUCAAUCAACACGGCCUCGCUCAACGGUUCAAAUCAGAGAAGUGUUUUCCAUUAUAAUGUGGAUUUGGUCACCGGCCUGGAUUUUGAUUGGAUCACCAAAAAACUUUAUUGGGUGAAUUCGGAUAGACGUUUAAUUGAAGCAGCGGCCAUUAAUGGAUCUAGGUCUAUUCUAAUAUGGGAACAUUUGGAUCAGCCAAAAGAUAUCGUUAUUGCUCCAAUGCAGGGCAUGAUGUUUUACACCGAUGUUGGGAAGAAAGCAAAAAUUGAGUCGGCAUACAUGGACGGCUCUAAUAGGAAAAUCCUGGUGACAGAAAAUCUCAUCUCCCCCAACGGAUUGGCAAUUGACUUCGAAGAGAAUACCCUCUAUUGGGUUGAUUCGGGCACCCACACCUUGGAGAAAAUAACCUUCUCCGGUGAUGAGCGGAAGGUGGUCACUGGAGAUGGGCUUCCGUAUCCAACUAGGCUUGUUGUGUACGGAAAAAAAGUAUUCUGGACUGACCGGAAUACAUCUGGGAUCCAUGCUGUGGAUAAGACAAAUGGUCGAAAUCACAAAAUAUUACGAUCUGGUUUGUCAAAUCUGAUGGACAUUAAAGUUUUCCAUCGUGAAAGGAGAGAGGUGUUCUCAAAAUGCUCCGAUAACAACGGUGGCUGUUCACACACGUGCCUUCUAGCCGGAAGUUUGCAGAAUCACUCCUGUGCCUGUCCCAUUGGACUUAGACUUUCUAGUGAUAAAAUUAACUGCAUAGUGAAAUCCAACAAAUACUUGGUGAUGGCUCACCGCUCCCAUAUCCGGAAAGUUUCAUUUGACGUUCCUUAUACGGUGGAUUCGGUGCUGCCUCUUCCACCGUUACAGAGUGCUGUCAGUGUUGAUGUGGAUGCUACAUCCGGUGAGCUCUAUUGGGGUGACAUCAACGAAGCUCUGAUUAUGAAAGCAAGUGACGACUCUUCAAGCAUUGCACCUGUGAUUCACGAUGGAAUUGGAAACCCUCAAAGCAUUGUUCUUGAUUCAGCCGGUAAAAAGAUAUAUUGGGCCGAUUCUUUCCUUCAAGUGAUUCAAGUUUGUGAUCUGGAUGGAAGCAACAGAAGUUUGUUGAUUUGGGAAGACCUGGAGAACCCACGCGCUCUUGCCCUCCAUUACAAGCGCGGACUAAUUUUCUGGGCUAACUGGGGCAAAAAUGCUAAAAUUGAGCGCUCUGAAAUGGGUGGCAGUAAUCGUCGAGUACUUCAUACGUCGGAGCUGAAGUGGCCGAACGGAUUGACGAUCGACUUUGAGAAGGACCUGCUCUUUUGGAACGAUGCGUGGAACAGCGUUAUCGAAUUCAGCGACCUGGACGGGAAGAACCGGAAGACAUUCUUGCGGAACAUAGAGCAUCCGUACGGCAUGGCCGUGGCCGAUCCGUACCUAUAUCUCACAGACUGGAAGUCCGAAACGCUUCAGAGAGUCCACAAGAGCACCGGCACGGGCCUCGAGAUCAUCAGCAACAAUCUCAAAACACCCAUGGAAAUGAGAUACAUAGAGAUGGACAAAGUGGACGACAACAGCUGUGGGCUGAACAACGGAGGUUGCUCGCACCUUUGUUUGCGAACAGCUUCGGCCUAUAUGUGCAAGUGCCCAACGGGGCUAAAGAUGAAAGAUGAUGGGAAGACUUGCAGCUCUCAACUCUUUUCGUUCAUCAUGAUCUCUGCCAAGCAAGCGAUUUUCAGAGUGUCCACUGAUACGCCCGAGCUGUGGCCAAUCGUCCUUCCUGUCAACCCAAGCAUUCAUAAUGCAGUCGCCUUGGAUUUUCACUGGAACAAUAGCGCUAUCUACUACGCAGACGUAGCUGCUAAGACUAUCAGGAAAAUGGGUUUAGAGAGAGAGGAUAAUCACACAGAUGUUGUCACGAACAUCCUCAGUGUGAACGGAAUUGCAGUAGAUUGGUUGGCUAAUAAUAUCUACUGGACUGAUGGAGGCUCUAAAUCUAUUCAUGUGGCACGACUGGAUGGCCGUUUCCGCAAAACUAUCGUAAACUCUGAUCUGGAGGAUCCAUGGUCCAUCGCUGUGUUUCCACAAAAAGGGUAUUUGUACUGGACGGACACAGGGGAUGACCCAAAAAUUGAGCAAUCUCUGCUGGAUGGCUCAAAACGAAAAAACAUUGUUUCCGGUGGGCUCAUGUUCCCAAAAAGUCUGACAAUUGACUAUGCUGCGAAACGACUUUAUUGGAUCGACAGUGUGAAUGACAGAGUUGAAACUUCUGAUCUCCAUGGCAACAACAGGGUUGUGCUCAUUCAAGAACCAGUUAUGCGACCCUUCAGUUUGACCCAGCUGCGGAGGAAUCUGUACUGGACGGACGUGUUCAAUCGAACGUUGCACGUAGCUGACAAACUGACGGGGAUCCACAAACAAACAUCCCGUGGUAGAAUUAGGAGCGUGAUGGAGAUCAAAGCAAUGGCUUACGAUAUCCAGACAGGCUGGACCCCGUGCCUUGUUCAAAACGGAGGCUGCACGCAUCUCUGUUUCUACAAAGGCUACCGUCACGGUUACACGUGUGGCUGCCCCGAUCUCCCCGAUGUAACUUGUCAAAAAGAGCCGAAGAAAAGGAUCGAAGACAGGAAACCUGAGGAUGAUUCGGACGCGCCUAUGUCGGAGGUUAUGCCACGCAAUUUUUCUGUCGAGGAAUCUAGCAAUUCAUGGGCAUUUUACGUUGUUGUGCCCAUAAUUUUGUUGCUGGCAGCAUUUACUGUCAUAUUUGUAUUAUAUAAAUUUACAAGUGUAUGUGAUAGGUUUGGACGCACAAGACAGAAUAAUAUUUUCACAUUCAUGAAUCCGAACUACAAAUCGACCUCUUCAUCCUCCCUUGGAGGCCGCUCAAUCGAUAGGAAACCAAUGAUUCAAGGAAAAGUUCACUACGAUAAAGCUAUGGAUCAGGUCUACCAAGAGGAAGAGAGCCGGGAGCAGUGCGUUUUGCGGGCGAACCGAUCGCGGGGGAGUAGCAGACAUCAGGAGCUCAUCGAACUCCCGUCGACUUUUUAUCGAGCUCCACCGAGACCGCCCAAACGCGCCGAACUCUACGCCUGACCCGACGAUGACCCUCAGACUUGUUAAAACUGCUCACUUUAACUUUAAGUUUUUUCAUUUUAAACAUUACUAUUUUUUAUAGAUUUUUUCUACAAGACUAGAUUAUUGUGUCGUUUAGCAUCGGGUUUAGUCUCGAUUCUAGUUAGUACCUUGACGCAAUGCUGCCAGGCUAAGAAAAAGCGCCGUGCGAACAUUCGAGAGCAUUCCUCCAAAUUUUCUCCGAUAGAAUGUUUAUUUUGAAAGGGAGUUAUGCAUAUAUUUCUUUAAAAUUUUCAGAUAUUUAAGAUUAAACUGCGAACAAUAUUGUCCAAAAAAUUGGAAUAAACAUAUUAUGCAUAGCUAUUCCAAUUGAUGAUUUUAUCAAAGGAACAACUUGGCAAUGUCUGAUGGCUAUUACGGAGUUUCUCCUUAGCACGGCAGUAUAGGCAUCUUGAGUCGAAUUUACGCAGGUGGAUUUGGCUCACAUUUUGGAACCUGGGAGGAGCAGGGUUGUAGCCCCAAAAGAAAUUAAUUUUAAGACUUGAUUAUUGUUGAAUCCUGUGUCACCUUGGUUUUAUUUGACUGAGGUUUUUCCCCUGUGCGCAACACGGAAAUCAGUAGCUGGGGCUCAAUGUGACAGUGAGUUUCGAACACAGUCUGAGACUGAAUAAGAGACCUUAAACCCAAGAAAUUAUUUUAGAGUAAUGCUAAGACUGUGAAAUUGUUUUUAUUUCACUUGAAAAUGAUUUUGCAUACCUCAGAUAUUUUCCUAAGAAAUAGUGACAUCGAAAUUUGACCCCUUUUGUCAUUCUAUUUUUGAAUUUUUACCCCUUUUAAGGCUGAUUAACGCAAUCACUAAAUUUGAGUAACACGCCGACAAAGUUUGGUGUAAAAAUUGGUUAAAAAAUUCGAAUAAUAUGAGGUAAAAGAAAGCCAUAAUUGCAAUGUUUACAUGAGUCCUGAUAAUAGUGCGUUCUUAUCUCAUGGAGAGGUCCUUGAAGACUCGCACUGUGAAAAAUACAAUUUUUCUGAUAAUUAUUCCUGGAUCUAGGUAAUUAGGCAUUUUUUGUAACACGAAUAGUUUCAUUGAUUGAGGGCUGGGCGUUCAUAAAAUUUAAAAAAAAAAAAAAAACAAACAAAAAAACAAACAAAAAACAAACAAAAAACACUCACUGAAAAUUGUAGGUUACGAAUAAUUGCUAGGAAUCGGAUGAUUUGACCAAUUUUUUUCCAUAGCAGUAUUUUCAAGUUCUCACUUAUGAUGCAUUCAGUAUGUUUUACGUAACUUGGCUUUGUUACCAAUUAGAUGUAACGUUGAAUGUCUCAGAAAUGAGCUAUACUUUUUGAGCGGUUGGCUUCAUUCAUGUAUUUAUAAAUAUUUUCAGGGGUGAAAAUUAGAGAAAAUAACAUUUUUUCCCAUGAGUGUAUAAAUAAAAGGAUUUCCAUGGCCUUAUAUUUAUUGUAAAAUAGCUGCAAAGUUGACACAAUACCAAUGGAGGUUAUCGAGGUUCCAGAGAUUAAGUAAAAUUAUUGUAAUCCCGUAAAAAAUACGCUUAAUGUUGAGUUACUUUACGGGAACUUACGACACGAACAUACUUUUAAUCUCAAGUUUGAGCUCUGAAUGACGAAUUUUACUUAAAUAGAGGGAUAUCCAACGUUUUUCAUUAGAACAUUUAACUCAUUUUCCCACUAUAAUCUUCAUGCAAGGCAUUGAAUCUGCUGGCUUUUAAUUUUUCCUACUAAAUUCGUCGCUCGAAAACAAAGAACAAACAUGACAUAGGUGUGUUCAAAGAGGUUUCACAACCAAGACUAAAUUGAUGUUAUUGUUUUGAUUUGCUCAAUUUUACCUAAUCAUUACUUUUCUAUUAGGUUUUUGUUUUUUAAUAGUUCGUUGAGAGAAUUGCGUUGAUUUUCACUUUGCAUCGUAUAAGUGUGGCACUAUCCGUUUUUUCAUUGAGGUCUUCUUGCUAAAUAUCGUUAUCGGCGCGCGUUGACAGAUAAAAAUUGAUAAUUUGUUACUGACCUAUGUAAUUACUUGACUUAUUUAUCUUUAAAGUACUUUCUAGGGACUCGUUGCUGAAUUUGCAUACCAUAGGAAUAAAAAAUCUCUGACCUGUAAAAAUUCUUCCUAACAACUUGAUAUGAUUCUGACGCACAUUUGGCUGUGAAGGCUUUCCUUUCAGUGCAAGUUUAUCAAAGUACAUAUGUACAUAUUUUUUAUGAUACGUUUUUCCUGAUAACUAAUCCAUUGACAUCAGUAGAUGUAAUUUUGCAUUUAUUUUCGAUAAUUUUUUUGUCAUUAAAAUUUAAAAGAAUUUA